CGCCCGUCCGCCGCGCUCCGCGCUCGUCCCGCCCAGGCUGCGCCCAGCUGGAAUGCAGAGAUCGCCGCCCGGCUACGGCGCACAGGACGAACCGCCCGCCCGCCGCGACUGUGCAUGGGCCCCGGGCCCCGGGGCGGUCGCUGAGCCGCGCGGCCUCCCCGCCCCCGCCGCCGCUGCCCCCGCUGCGCCUGCCGCGCCGUCCAGCCCGCCGCGCAGUCCCGAGACGGGGCGCUAUGGCCCCAGCCCGGCCGGCCGCGGGGAGCGCCAGGCGGCUGACGAGUCACGCAUCCGACGGCCCAUGAACGCCUUCAUGGUGUGGGCAAAGGACGAGCGCAAGAGGCUGGCGCAGCAAAACCCGGACCUGCACAACGCGGUUCUGAGCAAGAUGCUGGGCAAGGCGUGGAAGGAGCUGAGCGCCGCGGCGAAGCGGCCCUUCGUGGAGGAGGCCGAGCGGCUGCGCGUGCAGCACCUGCGCGACCACCCCAACUACAAGUACCGUCCGCGCCGCAAGAAGCAGGCCCGCAAGGCCCGGCGGCUGGAGCCCGGCCUCCUGCUCCCGGGCCUAGCCCAGCCUCCCGAGCCCUUCCCCACGGCGCCCGGCCCGGCCCGCGCCUUCCGUGAGCUACCACCGCUGGGCGCCGAGCUGGACGGCCUGGGGCUGCCCACGCCUGAGCGCUCGCCACUGGACGGCCUGGAGACGGGAGAGGAUGCCUUCUUCCCGCCGCCCCCCGAGGACUGCGCGCUGCGGCCCUUCCACGCGCCCUACGCUUCCGCCGAGUUGUCCCGGGACCUAGGCGGCUGCUACGCGGCGCCCCUGGCUGAGGCGUUGCGGACCGCUCCGCCCGCAGCCGGCCUCUACUACAGCGCCCUGGGCGCGCCCGGCCCGGCGCCAUACCCCGGGCCGUUGUCGCCGCCGCCAGAGCCCCCGCCGCUGGAGGGCGCCGCCGAGCCGCUAGGGCCGGCCGCCGAGCUGUGGGCCGACGUGGACCUCACCGAGUUCGACCAGUACCUCAACUGCAACCGGACUCGGCCCGAUGCCACUGCGCUUCCGUAUCACGUGGCGCUGGCCAAGCUGGGCCCGCGAGCCAUGUCCUGCCCCGAGGAAAGCAGCCUGAUCUCGGCGCUGUCCGACGCCAGCAGCGCGGUGUACUACAGCGCCUGCAUCUCCGGAUAGGCCGCCACCCGGCCUUGUCUGCACUGCGCUUCGCCCGCCGCCGCCGCCGCCGCUGCGUCGCCGUGUAUCCCUGCUAUUUUUCUAUCGCGGGUGUACAUCGCGGCUCCACGUGCCAAACCCGCGGCAACGCACAAGUCGCCAGAACCCGCUGGCGGCCUUGCGCCCAUUCUGCCUCCCUUAAUCCCUUUUCUGUGCUACUCGGCCACCGCCCGCAGGGCAUCAGCAAGGGUGUGUGGGACUCCUCCCGGGUUUUUCCAGGAAGCCCAGGCCUGGGACAUGUUGGUCCAUCUGCCAGGGUUACGUUUUUCAAGUGCAUAAUCCUUUUUCUGCCGUGCGUUUUCUAGAACCAGACUGUUUUUUACUUUUUUUUAAUAUGCAUAAUACAAUAUAUUUAAUUUUUAGUUAAACUUUUAACCAUUUUCCCCCAAGGGGUUUACGGUGACCAGAAGCAUCAAUGUAGCAAAGGGUUUUUAACGUGAGGAUUAACAACGUCUGUUCUGUAAGGAGUAACCUGGAGCUGGGAUCCCCUGAUGGCUCCCUCCCUUGAGGUUCCCUUGGCCAGGCGAGGCCACAAUAAAGUGCCUCCGCCUUCCCUCUG